AUGCCCCUUUCCUCUCCCCGAUUCCGAUCUACUCUCCUCUCUCUGACCUAUCUGUCCAAAUCGCGCUCACAGCGAUUGCCCUGUUUCCCCUCUUUGUUUUCCCUUAGAACGACAUCCAGAUUCAUGACCACCGCCGCGCGCCAGCAGCCGCAAUGGCGGCAACCGCCCUCGCACCCCGAGGCCAGCUCGCGUCUACCCGCAUUGAAGGUGUGGAACUCGCUGACCCGCACGAAGACGCCGUUUAUCCCGCUCGACAAGGAGGGGAAGAAAGUUACUUGGUAUGCGUGCGGGCCGACGGUGUAUGAUGAUGCGCAUUUGGGACAUGCGAGGAACUAUGUUAGCACGGAUAUCAUCCGGCGGAUUAUGCGGGAUUACUUCAAGUUCGAUGUGAAUUUUGUGAUGAAUAUUACGGAUGUUGAUGAUAAGAUUAUCCUGCGGGCACGACAGCAGCACGUUUUUACCGAGUUUGUGUCGUCCCAUCCGAAGAUCGACGCUGAGGUUUUGGAUGUCGCCAAGACUGCGUACGCCGCGUACCUGAAGAAGAAUCUUCCGUUGCUCGACUCUGAACUCCCCGUUUCUCAGUACCAGGACCAGGCGGAGAAGAACUAUGCGGUUGUGUUGAAUGGUGGACCUUUGCCGGGUAACGAGAAGGCGGGUGACGAUGAGGCGAAGGUGAAGAUGCAUAUCAAGACUGCUGCGUCGGCGGCCAAGGUUAUUUCGCAGGCAGAGCGCUCGGAAAACGUUGCGGACCCCUCGUCUUUUGCGGAGAGUUUCUACACCGAGUCCCAGGAUCUUCUUCUUCCGUACCUUGAUGCGCUUAAGGGUGCAUCGAUUAACGCGGACGACCAUGGGAUAUUCACCAAGUUGACACGCAAGUACGAGGAGCGGUUCAUGCAGGAUAUGAGAGAUCUCAACGUGCUCGACCCUGACGAGCUGACUCGUGUUACGGAAUACGGCUCGGAGAUUGCCGAUUUCGUGGAGAAGAUUGUGGAGAACAAGUUCGGUUAUGCUACGGAGGACGGUUCGGUCUACUUCGACAUCAAUGCGUUUGAGGCAGCAGGCCACCCGUAUGCUCGGUUGGAGCCGUGGAGCCGUUCGGACAACAAGCUGCUAGCGGAGGGAGAAGGUGCACUGAUCAACAAGGCUUCCGACAAGCGUUCCACCUCCGACUUUGCCCUCUGGAAGGCCUCCAAGCCGGGUGAGCCUAGCUGGGCCAGCUCCUGGGGUAAGGGACGACCGGGUUGGCACAUUGAGUGCUCUGCUAUGGCUUCUGCCAGGCUUGGCCAGCAGAUGGAUAUCCACUCUGGUGGUAUUGACUUGGCGUUCCCCCACCACGACAACGAGCUUGCCCAGAGUGAGGCCUACUGGGCGCAUGCCCACUCGCAUGAACAGUGGGUCAACUACUUCCUGCACAUGGGUCACUUGUCCAUUCAGGGAUCGAAGAUGUCGAAGUCGCUCAAAAAUUUUACCACUGUUCGUGAGGCGCUGGAACGCAAGGAGUGGACACCGCGGAGUCUGCGUAUCGUCUUCCUGCUCGGUGGCUGGAGAGAUGGUAUUGAGAUCACCGAGGAUCUGAUCAACACUGGAACUUCGUGGGAAGAAAAGGUCAACAACUUUUUCAUCAAGAUGAAGGAUCCUUCAGCCCUGCAGGGAUCUGGUACGGAUACUUCUCUUGCUGCUGCGCUUGAAGUGGCCAAGACCGCUGUCGACGAGCAGCUCUGCGACUCGUUCAACACCCCAGGAGCGAUGAACGCAAUCUCUGAACUUAUCACCAAAUACAACAGCGCUGAUAAGUCUACUCUCAACCCUAAGGACGUCGAGGCGGUUGCACGUUUCGUGACCUCGAUUGUUAACAUCUUUGGUCUCAAUGGCACUGCCACUGCAGACAGCACCGAGAUUGGCUGGUCUGGCAUUGAUGUUCCGGAGGAGGCCAAGCCCUACUUGUAUCCCCUAUCCUCUAUCCGUGAUUCGCUCCGUCAAGCUGCCCGGUCCCAAGGCGGCGUUUCCUUCAGUCAAGUGUCUGAGAUUGUGGACAAGGGUACCGUACCGGAGGAGACCUCGGAGUCGGCUAAGCCUUAUGCCAGUCUGCUUUCCGACUUCCGGACCAAGGUGACGUCUCUCGAGAAGUCCGAAAGUCUUGGAAAGGAUAUUUUGUCCCUUUGCGACCGCGUCCGCGAUAUCGACCUGUUCGAUCUGGGAAUCUACCUCGAAGACCGCGACAACCAGCCGGCCCUCGUCCGCCCGGUUACUCGCGAACUGAUUCAAGCUCGUCAAGAAAAGGCCGCAAGGGCGCAGCAGAAAUUGAUCGAAAAGGCAAACAAGGAGCGUGAAGCACUCCAGCGUCUGGAAAAGGGUAAACUGAGCCACCUGGAGAUGUUCCGAACCAACGAAUACAGUGCGUGGGAUGAAGAAGGCCUGCCCACGCGCGACGCUGCAGGCGAGGAGAUCAACAAGAGUCGGACCAAGAAACUCCGCAAAGAUUGGGAGAGGCAGAAAAAGUUGCAUGAGGCUUGGUUGGCGAGUCAGAUGGGGACUCAAUAG